AAAUAAAUUGAAAAGAUGUCUUUGAAAUUCACCUCGCGGGUUUUUUCUAGGAAUUUGACUGCUUUUCUAAAUACAAGUAAAAGAACGGUUUCUUCUUCCUAUAUUAUUAAAGUUCCAAAUUACAAGUAUAAUAAUCUAUACAAAUACAAAAGAACAAUCGUUUCAUUGCGAUUUUUUUCAGACUUGGUGCAUAAGAAAAGUCAAGUGAAAGCUAUGGGUGCACUGAGUCCCUUGGAUCCAUCCUCUUUUUCAAAACCUGAUUUGGCUAUCAUUAAACAUGUUUCAUUAUUGUUUAAUGUAGACUUUGAGAGGAAAGUGCUGCAUGGAGAGGCAGUCCUCAAUAUUGAUGUUUUAGAGGAUAUUAAUGAUGUGAUACUGGAUGUUAAAGACUUGACAAUUCACAAAAUAGAACUUGACAAUGGCACAGAACUCAAGUACACAGUAGACAGUGAAGUGCCUAAUUUUGGUUCUAAGUUAACUAUCAGUUUGCCUAAACAAGCUUCUGCUGGAGAGAAGUUGAGCAUAAAAAUAAAUUAUAGCACGGCGCCGUCCGCGUCCGCUUUGCAAUGGCUGGACCCCUUGCAAACAUCGGGCAAGAAACAUCCGUAUCUCUUCAGUCAAUGUCAGCCGAUCCACGCUCGCUCCAUCCUCCCGUGCCAAGACACUCCCGCCGUGAAAUUUACUUACGACGCUGAGGUCAUUGCCCCCGAAGAGUUUACUGUGCUCAUGAGCGCCAUCCGGGGGGAGUCCAGGAGCAACAAGACUAUGUUCCACCAGCCCGUGCCGAUACCGUCAUACUUGCUGGCCAUAGCUGUGGGGGUGCUGGAGUAUAGGAGUCUUGGACCUAGAUCUCUGGUGUGGUCCGAGAAGGAAGAGAUAGAACGGAGCGCGUGGGAGUUCGCCGAGACCGAGAAGUAUUUGCAGGCCGCCGAGAGACUGUGCGGCAAAUACGAGUGGACCCAGUACGACUUGCUAGUGCUGCCGCCCUCCUUCCCGUACGGCGGAAUGGAGAACCCUUGUUUGACGUUCGUCACGCCUACUUUACUCGCGGGCGACAGAAGCCAAGCUGACGUCAUAGUCCACGAGAUAAUGCACAGUUGGACCGGCAACCUCGUAACCAACAGGAACUUUGAGCAUUUCUGGCUGAACGAGGGAUUCACCGUAUUUCUGGAGAGGAAGGUCGCCGCUUCUUUAAUCAAUGACUCAGCAGAGGCCAAGAGGAGCCGGGAUUUUCAUAGUCUGCUCGGGUUGCAGGAGUUGAGCGAGACAGUUAACGAUUUCCUCGGCGCCACCAACCCUCUAUCGUGUUUGGUGCCAGACCUCAAAUCCGGGAUACAUCCAGACGAUUCCUUCUCCAGAGUCCCUUACGAGAAGGGGUCCCUAUUCCUUCGCUACUUAGAAGAUUUAGUCGGAGGUCCCGAAGUUUUCGACGAUUUUCUCCGUUCAUAUUUGAACACAUUCCAGAAAAAAUCCCUUGACACGGAUCAGUUUAAGAGUUAUCUAUUGAAUUACUUCAAGGACAAUGAGAAUAUUAAGUCAGUUAAUUGGGACGCCUGGUUGUACACAAGUGGUAUGCCACCGAUUAUUCCCAACUACGACACAUCAAUGACGAAAGCCGUGACCGCUCUGACCGCGGUCAUCACGGAAGGCAAGGCCCCUCUGGCCUAUGAUGAUGUGAAGUCAUUCACCCCGCAUCAAAUCAUCAAUUUGCUACAAGAGCUGAUUGAUAAGCCCCCCUUACCUUUAGACAGGCUAGCCACGCUUGGAACAGAGUAUAAAGUCAGCACUAGCAAGAAUAGUGAGAUAUUCUACAGAUGGAUAAGGCUGUGCAUAAGAAGUCGCGACAUAUCAAAAUUAGGUGAAGCUCUAGACUUUGUGAACCAUCAAGGGCGCAUGAAAUACGUCCGUCCGAUCUACAGAGACCUGUACGCGUGGGAGGAUGUCCGACAACGUGCCAUAGACAAUUUCCUCAAGAAUGAACCGAAUAUGAUGCACGUCUCAGCCUACACCCUGAGAAAAGAUCUGCACCUAAAUGAAUAAUGCAUUUGACUCUUUUUUUUUUCUACAAGUUGUAGUACUAAUUUUUAAUCAUUGAAUCAAUUUGUUUUGUAAAUAAUUUUGUAUUGUUUUGAAGACUGUCGAAUGGCUUAUAUUUUAUUAAAUAUUAUUAAUUUUUGG